AUGCUCCUGAGUGAAGCUUGCGAGAAAUUAUUAAGACGAAUAUGUCACCACCUAGAGCGUGAGGAUGCUCCAUAUUCAACGUACUCAGACUAUCCUUGCUAUACUCAACAGAUAGCUGUCCUAUUCAACUUUCUCCUGCACAUAAUAGGGUCAGGCUGCUCUCGAUCUAUACCGGGAAUGAUGCCAACCAUUCACUAUCCUGGCCAGAAAGUCCUAGAACGCCAGCGACUGAUCUCUUCCUGUCGCCGCCUAGGUAGCUGCACAGUUUCCCAAGCAGCGUCAUUACCGGAGGCCUAUAUAACAGCCACCUCCCUCAGCCUUUUGACCUUUAGUCCUAAAUCGCUUCCUCCAACUCAGCUCUACCCCGCCUCCCCUAAAACAAACCACAAUGUCUCAAUCACAGUCCCAGAACAUGUUUACUUGCACCUAGAACCAGAACCACAACCGCAACCACAAACUUGCGCGGAGGCUCUCUCGGUGGACCAAGGCACGCACUGGGGCCCCGUGCACCAGUGCGCCGCUCACAUCGGGCCCUUCACCGUUUGUAAGGGGUGCCGAGUGGCUUUCUCGCAACGGCCCAGCGCCGCCAACGCAACCGGCGUCACGCACCAAGGGGCACGCGGCCUUGUCUGCAGCACUUGUGCUAACGAGGCUGUCGCCCGUCACGGGAACGGUUACCGUGGUUGUCGCUGUGGCGAUGCCUGGACGUGUGCGGCGUGUCGCUCGGCGGAGCUGGCUGUGCUGAUGGCCUAUGCUCAGGGUUUGAGGGAUGGGAAGUGUGCUCGUUUUGCGCGUAUUGUGGGGGGUUUAGGACGCGCUGAGUAA